GCCGAAUGACGGAGUGAAAGGGCGAGUCUAGGAUCUAUAUACAGUGCAGAGAACGCCAAUCAGCUGGUAUAUAUAAAAUCUAUAUACAUAGGAAGUAAACAAAGAGAAUUGGAGAGGAUGCACUACGAAAAUGGAGCGCGGUUGUGACUGGGGCGUUUCCAUUUAGAAGUCUAGUUUAUGGAGUGAAGCAGGUCUACACAUUUCACCAUCACACUUGAUUUACACUCAAGAUAUAAAGCUGUGAGGGGACUUGUGCUCUUCCAAUUGUUCUUCAUAUCCUUAUAAUCAAUACUGCUCUCCAACCUUAGUCCUCAAAACCCUAAAGGUUUGUUUUAGUUGAUACAAAAUGGCGGGGAAAGAGCGCAGUCCUCGCCACAGGCCCUGGUCUGUGUAUCGUGCCAACACAUUUGAUAUCGCUUCCGAAAUGAUAGGGUUGACACUGACAGGAAAUAGUCAGGAUCCUGAUGAACCUGUGCUGGAGUUUAGCUUGGCAUGCAGUGAGUUAUUGACUCCAACAUUGGAACGUAAACCCAGUAGCUUUGUGGCAGUGAGCUGCACCACCCCUCCUCAAGCAUUUUGGACAAAGCAUGCUCAGACUGAGAUUAUAGAGGGUACAAGCAACCCAAUAUACCUCAGUAGCAUUGCCUUUUUUCAAGACUCUCUGAUCACCCAGCAGACACAAGUGAAACUUUCAGUCUAUGAUGUCAAAGACCGUUCACAGGGCACGAUGUACCUACUUGGUUCCGCUAUGUUCACAGUGAAAGAACUUUUGCAGGACAAAUAUCAUAGAUUACACCUCACACUAAGAUCAGCAGAAAAUGAGAAGAUAGGCAACAUUACCAUUAUUGCUUGGCAGUUGGAAGAAAAGAAAGACCAGAGAGCCCCACUGGCUCGCACUGACACAGUUAAUGGCAGGAUGGUGCUACCUGUUGAUGAAAGUCUGACUGAAUCCAUGGGAAUGAAAUCAAAAUCUGCUUCUCUGUGCAAAGACACACUCCUGAGGGCAGUAUUUGGAGGUACAAUAUCACGAAUGUACCGAUUUCCCACCACGGAUGGAAACCAUCUACGUGUCCUGGAGCAGAUGGCAGAGAGCGUUCUGUCACUGCACAUCCCCAGGCAGUUUGUAAAGCUGCUACUAGAAGAAGAUGCUGCCAGGGUGUGUGAGCUGGAGGAGUUGGGAGAGUUGUCUCCAUGUUGGGAGAAUCUAAGAAGACAGAUCAUCACUCAGUAUCAGACAAUCAUUCUCACCUAUCAGGAAACUCUUAGUGACCUGCAUGAAUACAAGGGUCCCUCUUUUAAAUCUAGCACUUUGAAAGCAGAGAAGAGGUUGGAGUUUGUGCCAACCAAUCUCCAUAUUCAAAGGAUGAGGGUACAGGGCGAGUCAGGUUACGAUCGAACCUAUGAUGUGGUCACUACUGGAGCCCCUGCAGCACAUCAUCAAGGUUUUAAGGGCAAUGGUUUGAGGAAACUAAUUCAAAAGUUUGAGGAGACCAAAAAACAUGCAUAUGAGGAUGAAGGUGCUGGAGAGUCCCGUCCACAUUCAGGGAUGUACCAGCCACAUGAGGUAAUAAGAGCAAAAGAGAUAAUUUCCCAUAUUAACACCCUGAAGACACAAGUCAGCUACUACACAGAGCGCUUGUCCCGGGCUGCCAAGGAGCGCUCUGCUAAUGCACUGGAGAGAACUCUCGGGAUUCUAACAGAGAAGACAAGGCAGCUGGUGACAGUUUGUGACAACAAGCUGCUGGCAACAGCCAUCCAGGCUUUGAAUGCAGCAAGGCCAGAGUUUGUUGCCUCUAAAACGUCUCCUUCUGGACCAGACACUGAACGUGUGGUUCUGCGUAAUGACCAAAGCUCUUCCCAAGCCAAGUGGAGUGGCAAAGGGAAUAGAUCCUCCAUGAAUGUGGACUGGCAUGAGGAAGAGUGGGAAAAGGUUUGGCUUAAUGUGGACAAAAGUAUGGAGUGUGUUAUUCACAGUGUGAACAGGCUGUUAAUGAGGGAGAGGCUGCAGAGUGACAGUAGUGAGGACGUUUUCCUCUCUGACCAGCAGCCUAACAGUAGCAAGCGAGGUAGCCAUGGCAAUGCCUUCUGGAUCAACCCCCAGUACCCGUCCUCAUCAUCCUCCCUGUGCACCCCUUUGUCCUCAUCACAUCCUCUUCCUGAUUCCCAUUCAUCAUUGUCAUCCACCUCAUCAGCUUCUCUGUCUUCUGCAUGUGUAACCGGUUCUCAUAGAUCUCCCUAUGGAAGCCCCAAUAUUGAUGGCUGCUCUCCAGGUGAAUGGAGUGAUGCCCUGUAUCCUCUAUUGACUACACUGAAUGAGUGUGUAGCCAUGAUGAGUGACAUGGCCAAAAAGUCUAUGGUGUUUGUGCUGAUGCAGGACUGCGCUCCCACUAUUGCUAUGAGUCUGGCUUUACAGUACCGCCGAGACGUGGUCUUCUGUCAAACGCUGCCAGCUGUAAUAUGUGGUUUUGUAGCAAAGCUGAGGAAUUGUUUGUGUGAUAAAGGUUUCCUGAGACAACUCCAUACUAUCGGUUUAUUGGUCCAGUUUGAAGGUUUACUCAGCACUUAUGGGGAGGAGCUGGCAAUGCUGGAGGACAUGAGCAUAGGCAUCAUGGACCUUAGGAACGUCACAUUUAAGGUUACUCAGGCAACCUCCAGCUUUGGCCCUGACAUGCUGCCUGUUAUCACGGGCAACAGAGAUGGGUUUAAUGUGAGAGUACCUCUGCCUGGGGCUAUGUUUGAUGUUUUGCCACGAGAAAUCCAAAAUGGGAUGCUCCUACGUGUUCAGCCUGUUCUGUUCAACAUAGGAAUUAAUGAACAGCAGACACUUGCAGAGAAGUUUGGUGACACAUCACUACAGGAAGUAAUCAAUGCUGAGAGUCUGACACGACUCAACUCUUACUAUGAUCAGUUCAAGGAAGUGCUGCCUGAGGACUGUCUGCCACGAUCUCAUAGUCAGUACUGUAUACCAGAGCUACUGAAAUUCCUCACUCAGAAUGUGAACUCCAGAAAGAGUAAGAAUGUGGACAUCCUUUGGCAGGCAGCAGAGGUGUGUCGUCGUCUCAAUGGUGUACGGGUAACCAGCUGUAAGAGUGCAAAGGACCGCACAGCCAUGUCUGUAACUCUGGAGCAAUGUCUGAUUCUGCAGAUGGAGCACUGCAUGGCCCCACAGGUCUUAAGCCAGGCCCUGGACUGCAUGCGCAGUGAGGGUUGCAGGAGAGAGAACACUAUGAAAAAUGUGGGCAGCAGGAAAUAUGCCUUCAAUUCACUUCAGCUGAAGGCCUUUCCUAAACAGUAUAGACCUCCGGAGGGUACUUAUGGUAAAGUGGAGACUUGAUUGAGACACUCAGCAAUGUCCCCCCAUACACACACACACACACAUCCUACUGUUCUUCACCAUGCUACUUUCCUCCAUCAUCCCUUUUUACUUUGGUGCCACCUAUUAAGGAAAUGCUGCAGUGGAUCCAGUCAAAUAGACACUCACUGUAGCCGGUCAAAUGAAGUUAUAGUUCACAGGAUUGCAAAAGCCACUGUUUUCAUCUGAUCUCUGGUUAUUCUCACAAAGGUGACUUUGAGGAAUACUUGUUGGAAAUACAGGACUUUAUUCACUCAGCUACUGCAGUUAAGGAAUUUAUUAAAAGCCACCACUGCAAAUUGCACCUUUUAUUUAGUUUGUGUUUGGGUUCUGCAGAACCUUAGUUUCACAUACCCAGAUGUACUGGAUACAUGAAUGAGCAUUGUUCUUUUUUUCCAUCCAUUAUUGUUCACAUUACACUGUCUUCUUAUGUCAUACUAUCAAAAAUCCUAUACAUACUAUAAUGCUUUAAAUCAACCCUUUAGAUUAUUUACACAAUAGUGUGCAUUUUAUGGGUUGUGGAUUUCCAAGGACAGGGCCUUUUUCUUGCUGUUGCUAAGCACAGGUAAUGUUUGUACAGUUAAUACAGUGAAAUGUUGUGAAUAGAUAUUAACAUGAUUUUAGCAAAGUUGUGUAUGAUAAUUAAGACACUAUUCAAUCAGAUGUUGGUAGAUAAAUGUUUGUACGUGUUAUGCAAAUCUCUUUGGGUUUGUCUUGAUAUCAGUCAUUAUUGUUAUUAAGAUUCAAAAAGCAGCAUCUUGACAUAAUUAUUAUAAUUUAUUUUCAUGAGUUUGUAAUGAAUGGUGUUCUUUUAUUUUUAUUUUUUCCAUGAUAAACAGUCAUUUUUCCUAUCAUGGAGAAGCUAAAAACUGUAAUGCACAUAUAAGUCACACUCUAUAGCACGAAAAAAGUGUAGCCUGACAAAAAAAAAAAUCACUAUGAUAAACUUAAUAUGUAAAGACAAAAUGUGACGCAUCGUUUGUUUUUAUUUAUUGGAUGGCUAUGCUAGCAGUGUCAGAAUUAUUCCAAUAACUGAACUAAUAUUGUUUUAUCAUUAUUUUCAAACAAACACUGGAUAAGCUGUAUAUAAUGCCGAACUGAACAUCUAAACAUGCAGCUAUUAAAACAAGAGUUAUGCACA